UCAUGCUUUUGUUUGUGACUUAUUUGACGCAAUACAUCUACGAAAAUUUGUGGCUUAUAAAUAAACAGACGCAUAGGUUCACAACCUUCAUCAAUCUAUCACCUUUCCAUUCUAUCGUUCUCUCAAUUCUUAAAAUCUUUUUCAUCAAAUUCCUUCCAGAGAAAGGUAAAAAAAUGUCGACGAAGAUGAUCGUGUUGAAGAGCAACGAUGGUUUCACGUUUGAGAUUGAAGAAGCUGCCGCACGCCGAAGCCAGGUCAUAGCUCGUAUGAUUGAAGACGAUUGCUACAAAGAUAUCCCGAUUCAAAACGUGAACGGCAAGAUUCUUGCGUUGGUGACCGAGUACUGCAAGAAGCACCCCUUCGUCCCUGAUGCUAAGCCUACCUCCGUAGAUGAUGCUAAUCCUACCUCCGUCGAUGAUACUAAUCCUUCCUCCGUCGCUGAUGCUAAUCCUACGUCCAAAGAAGAUCUCAAGAAGUGGGACGAGGAAUUCAUGCAAAUCGAUGAUCAAUCCACGAUCUUUGAUCUCAUUCUUGCUGCGAAUUACCUAGACAUCAAAAGCCUUGGUGACCUAGCGUGCCAAGCUGUUGCGGAUAUGAUCAAAGACAAAACUACAGACCAGAUUCGUACAGACUUCAACAUUAACGGGGAUUACACACCGGCAGAAGAAAAUGAUAUCAUUGAGAAGAAUAAAUGGGCUUUUGAAUGAGAAGCGGAUUAUAAAAAAAAAAACUAUAAGCAGCUUUCUAUAUUCUUUAUAGUGUGUGUGUUUUUUUCAGUUUCUUGAUCAAUGUAGAUGAUGAUGACUUCAUCUACGUUCUAUAAUAAUCCAAUAAUGAACGUACGUAACCAUAUACUCCGUUUGUUAUUACUCGAUAAAUAAAAAGUAUUCCUCUUGUUGGUUUUUUUUUAAAAAAAAAUUGAAAUUCUGAUA